ACUUUUUUUGAGGGAAUUAGGUAAUCAAAGUUAAAUAACUCCAGCCGUUUGGAGCAACAGAUCGUGUAGAGGUUGUCGAGGAAAAAUGGAGCCAUCAACGGAGAAUAUAGACACGAAAACUUCAAAAGCAGAGAAACGUCCUGGGGAGAAAUCUGUGGACGACGAUUACGUGAAAAAGCGAGAAAGAAAUAAUAUUGCUGUGAGGAAAAGUCGCAUGAAAGCUAAAGAACGAAUCGAGGAAACCAGACGGAGGGUUACAGAUUUAACGAAAGAAAACGAAGAUUUACGUAGUAAGGUUUCUUUACUACAGAAAGAAUUGAACGUUUUAAGGUCGCUCUUCGCAAACGGAGGAAUUUCAGUGCCUUCAGAAAUAAAUGUACAGUUUACGAACUCAAACAGCGAUGGUAACCAAGCGCUACUUUUAACAGCUGUCACAUCUUUGUCGAGCGGAUCUAUGCAAGAUAAUCAAUUUUCCGGAGGAGAAAUUCUGGAAAAUGGAAUAACCACGCAUGGGAUCAAGAAGGAGUCAUAGCAUUUUGCUGAAGAAAUACAGAACUAGUGUUUAUAGGAGUUAUUAGUCUUAAAAAUUCAUACUCGGAACCACAGAAUCCACAUGAACGGUUCAACAACCUGUUUGUAAACUUAGAAUGUUACAAAGACAUACCUUGUGUGUUUUAGGGGAAUUCCUAACUUGUGGUGCGUUUUGCAUGUAUAGCUAGAAAAAGUUAGGACAAUUUUUUGUGUAUCUCAAUCGUGGAUCCAGGAACUUCCAUCUUUGAGGUUUAUUGUAGCAGUAAAUUGUAAAUCUGUUAAGUACUCAUCUGUUUGAUCAAGAAAUAGCUUAUUGACAGGUCCAUAUAUGCUGAUCCGAAUUUUACUCGUUCCCUCUUUCAUCAUAUAUGGUAGCAUUAGGCCUGAUUUUGUAGGAUUUCAUUCAGUAAUAUCUUUUUUUACAUUGAAAACAUCUAUGUUGACUUUUGUCACGCGUAUGUUGUGAAAAUUAUUAUAAAACUGCCUAACCCUAAUUUAUGCACUCAUAAAAAAAGUGAAAUAUACUCUGCUGAUUGAUAACAUGAAAAUUACCUUUAUCCCCAAAUAUUAUAGUUAUGGACCUUUUAGUAUUUAAAUUAUGCCUCAAAUUAUUUUAUAGAAGUUGUAUGUUUUGAGACUAAGCAGGUCAAAUAUACACUACAUCCUCUCCAUUUGAUAUGGGAUCAUGCAGUUGUUACAAAAUUCUAUGGACUGCUGUCACUGUAUUUUCCAAGACCAUUGAUAAUAUUGAGUGAAGAUACAAUUUAGUAAA